AUGGCCUGGGCUGUGCCGGCUGAGAUCCCUAAUUACCAGCCCCCUUUCCGACCUACUCUCCCUACCCAGCAGUCAAGCUCUCUCCCGUCUACCCCUUACCAACUCCCCCGUGACCUACCUUUUCGAUCCAGAUCUCCUUCGCCACACCGCGGCAGUAUAUCUCCAAGGUCUGCGCAUUCCGAGUUCAACCAUACCCUGCCCGCCGUCCGGAAAGAAUAUGGCGGGGGCUGCAAGUAUGAGACAGGCAUGGCCCAUUUCAGAAGGCGGAUGCCAUACUCCCUUGGCAGUGACAUGCUCCCGGACGAGCCUGGCCCGCUAAAGGAGAAGCUCGAACCGGAAAAGGAGGCAAAGCUAAGCAAGGAUAUUAAAGAGCUCUACCAGAAGCUAUUACCGUCGCAAGAAAGCGAAGAAAGAAGGGUGCGGUUUGUACGGAAACUUGAGAAGUUGUUGGACACCCAAUGGCCUGGCAACGAGAUCAAGGUCAACGUUUUUGGUUCCUCAGGGAACAAGCUUUGUACAAGCUCGUCCGAUGUAUGUGUCCUGGCCGACUUUUUGGCCAAGAGUGGAAUGGAACGAGUUGUCUGUGUAUCUCAUGCCAAGGUACCUAUUGUAAAAAUAUGGGAUCCAGAACUGCAGGUGGCUUGCGAUAUGAACGUCAACAACACACUAGCGCUCGAAAACACACGCAUGAUCAAGACCUAUGUCGAGCUAGAUGACCGAAUUCGGCCUUUGGCAAUGCUGGUAAAACAUUGGACAAAACGGCGCAUCCUUAACGAUGCUGCACUUGGAGGCACACUUAGUUCAUACACCUGGAUAUGCCUUAUCAUCAACUUCCUACAAACACGAAUACCGCCCAUCGUACCGAGCCUGCAGAAACGAGUUGCCCAGUCAGAAGGUUCAACAGAUGGCGCCUCCAUUGCCUCUACCACAUCCUGUACCUCCUCAUACUCUUCGUUUGACGAUGAUGUUGAAAAGCUCGGCGGAUUCGGUGACGAAAAUAAGUCAACGCUAGGCGAGCUGUUGUUUCAGUUCUUCCGCUACUAUGCCUACGAGGUCGACUACGAGAAGAAUGUCAUGUCGGUCCGUCAUGGAAAGCUAAUAUCCAAGGAAGAAAAGGGAUGGCAUCUUCUACAAAACAACCGUUUGUGUGUCGAGGAACCGUUCAACACGUCAAGGAAUCUAGGCAAUACUGCUGACGAUACAUCUUUCCGUGGCCUCCACCAGGAGCUAAGGAGAGCUUUCAAGGCGAUCUCCGAAGGCAAACUGGAUGAGUGCUGUGAGCAGUACGAGUACCCACCGGAAGAAGAACGGGUCUGGGAGCGACCAACGCCACAGCCGCGACCGGUUCUCACCCCCAUGCCGCCAGCGCUCUCACAUCCCCGUGGAGGCAGGGGUGGAGGAAGAGGAAGUCGGAAUCAGAAUCACUACAACCGCGGAUCACACGGAGGCAGACGCGCAUCGAGUGCAGCCAACAGGUCAAAUAUGUCUAGACAUCAAAAUGCAGCCUUUGCGGCAGAAUUUGCCUUGCAGGCACAACAGGCGCAACAGGCGCAACAUGCACAAUACAUACUACACGACCACCUCUAUCAACAAAUCCAGAUCCUCCAGGCACAGGAACAGGAAUUGCGCAUGAAACAGGCUAUGAUAAGUAGUCGCAGCAACGCCUCGAUAAUGCGCCAACAUUAUAUUCAAUUUCCGAUAGCCCCUCAGCCGGAUAGCGGUUCGCCCGACGAAAACUCCCAAGGUCGAGCAAACAUGAUGCAUAGCCAGGGGCCCCUUACCGCCCCUGUCCGACAGAACGUCUUUUUCAGUCCUUCCUUUGUUCCCGUUAAUGUUGCGGCACCACAGCCACAGCCACAACCACAACAGCAACAGCAACAGCAACAACCAGCACCAAAUACGACAACUCCUCCCUCCCCAUCUCCCUCUAUCGUGACGCCAGACACCCGUCGUAAUCACAGACGGUCGUCGAUCGCUAAUAGCUCUCCGCGAAGUAGUUUAAGAGCACAAUCCCAGCCUGCUCGGCCAAUACCUGCUUGUGUUCCGAACAACUUCAGUACCUUCUAUGCAACCGCCAUGGGUCAACCAGAAGCACAAUAUGUCCAACAACAGAGUGCCCGCCAAUCACCGGACUCGCCUCAACGUACGCCAACCGAAAAGGACUACGGUUUUCCUGUCACAGGACCGUACUUCUUGAAAACAGGUCCCGUUGAUGAAACCGGUAUCUCGCCAGAGUAUCUAAGUUACUGUGUCGGGGACUCCCCUCAGACUCAGGAUAACAUGAACAUACAUGCGCGACUACCUCAACAACAACAACAGUAUCAGCAGACUACACAGCCAAAAACACAACAAGGUCAUGGUCCAUUGAUCAUUGAUGGGUCGGUUCCAGCAAACGACUACCGUCGCCAAUCCGCGCAAGAUGAACACAUCGAUCAGUUCUUUACCCCACAGAAUUCGUCUGUUCACAGCCAACGAACGUCUCGACAAGAUACACCGAACAACGGGUCUAGGGAACCGUCUCCCGCUGACCAUUUAGUUUACGACGAGGCUGAUUCUGCCUUCAACACACCGCACCAUGAGACCCAACAGCAUCAUCCGCAAAGUAAUGGGUGGACUCAAAAUGUCCGAACUAGCAACAAGCCCGUCAUAAAUGGCCACAUUGGUAGAUUAGAAACGCUGUCGGAACAAUUGCAGCGCUUCCAGCUUUCUGAUCCGGCAUACUUGCAUCACCUCGAUACAAGUCAUCUCGUCAAAGAAAACGGCGUUCAUACCCAUGACCAUCAUCACGCUAAUGGAAAUGGAAAUUCACAUGGCAACAGCAAUGGAAACGGAGUGCAUCAUGCGCCAGUACAACCGCAGAAGCAAGCCAUGGCCUCAAAGAUUACCCCUGCCAAAGAAGGCGGACGCGGCACGACGUCUGCGGUAAAACGCCGUGGUAACAACGGUCCUGGACAUGACACAGAGCAUCACUCGAAUGGUGUAUCACAAAAGCAGAAGCCAAGAUGGCAUUCUGUUAGCGGUAUACCCUCUAUGCCUGUUUCAAAUGCUGCCGAGAGCAGAGAUGCUCCAAAGACCAACGGCGUCCACGCAACCACGAAACCCCUCGCCAACGGCACCAGCCAUGAGCACGCCUCCACCGCCAACAACACUACCGGCGGUAGCGGAGGCUGGCAAACGACGACGACAAAAAAGAAGAACAAGAAAGGAGCAAAUAAACCCGUAACUGGAGCAGAGCCCCUUCCUGCCGAUGAAUCGCUAAGAAAAGGUGGAUGA